GAAAUCCAUGACUUAUUUAAAGAUUAUGAAAUCAAGUAUUGUUAUGUGGACAGAAAUAAAAGAACAGCGUUCGUUACUCUGUUAAAUGGAGAGCAGGCUCAAAGCGCCAUUCAGAAAUUUCACCAGUAUUCUCUUCGGGGAAAAGAAAUAUCCGUGCAGCUCCAACCGACAGAUGCUUUGCUGUGCAUUACUAAUUUGCCCAUUUCGUUCACGUUGGAAGAGUUUGAAGAACUUGUGCGUGUGUAUGGCAAUGUUGAGAGGUGUUUUUUGGUCUAUAACGAAGUCACUGGCCAGUCAAAGGGCUACGGCUUUGUGGAGUACAUGAAGAAGGACUCUGCUGCGAAGGCGAGGCUGGAACUUCUGGGAAAGCAGUUGGAGGAGAACACUCUCUUUGCACAGUGGAUGGAUGUGAACCAGUUGACCACAAGUCUUAUUCACUCCAAGUGCCUUUGUGUAGAUAAAUUGCAAAAAGACUACGCUGAUUCUAAAGAGCUGAUCCAAGCUUUCUCACUGAAGUACAAACCUGUGUUCUGCCAGUUUGCGCAGGAUGAAGACAGUUGCAUCGGCGAUUUCGCCGUGGUGGAGUACGAAACUGCGGAGCAGGCGGAGAAAGUACGAGAAGUCACCGAUGGCAUCACCAUCCAAGGGAAGAGAGUCCAGGUGUCGUACUGUGCUCCGGGAGCGCCGGGCAGAAGCACCUUAGCAGCACUUAUAGCAGCACAACGGAUG